AUUUAUAUAUUCCCCUCUUCACUUCCCAAUUUCAAUGCCCGAUUAUUCCAGAUUCCCUCGCCUCUUUCCGCCAUGGAUUCCAAGGAAUUCGACCUCUCUUCCGCUUCCUCUUCUCCCUUCUCCGACAGAUGGUGGUCGAAUAACACAGUGGCGGUCGUCACCGGCGCCAAUAAGGGCAUCGGAUUUGCCCUAGUUAGAAGAUUAGCGCAAAUGGAACUCACCGUCAUAUUAACCACUAGAAAUGAAGGAAGAGGACUCAAGGCCGUUGAAUCGCUGCGAAACGAAGGCCUCAACGUUCUGUUCCGCCGCCUCGAUGUCUCCGAUCCUGCCUCCAUUAACGCCUUCGCCGCCUGGGUCGUCGCCAAUUUUCCCGCCCUCGAUAUUCUUGUUAACAACGCUGCCGUAUCCUUCAACGACAUUGACCACAACUCCGUGGAAAACGCAGAAACAGUAAUAAAAACUAACUUUUACGGCGCCAAAUUGCUCACUCAGGCUCUGCUACCUCUUUUCCGCUCUUCUUCUUCUCGAAGCCGAAUCCUCAAUAUCACCUCGAGGCUCGGAACCAUCGAUAAAGUGAAGAAUGAGAAAGUGAAGGAGAUUCUGCAGAGCGAAGAUCUGGCGGAGGAGGACAUCGAGGGCGUGGUGGAUGCUUUUCUGCAGGACGUGAAGAGAGGGACGUGGAAGAAGAAAGGGUGGCCGGCGCUGUGGACGGACUAUGCGGUGUCCAAGCUGGCGCUGAACGCUUACACGAGAGUCUUGGCCAAGCGGAGUAGGAGUGUGAGUGUGAACAGCUUUUGCCCAGGCUUUACACAGACCUCAAUGACGGGUGGGAAAGGGACACAUACUGCCGAUGCCGCCGCCGUUGUCGGAGCGAGGCUGGCGUUGCUGCCGCCUCAUCGGUUACCAACUGGGCAGUUCUUCUCUUGGGGGCCUAAUUAUGAUACCCCUAGAAACUCCAAAUUAUAGCUCAAAUUGGUCGUUUUAUUUAUUCCUCCUUUGGAUUUUGGUCUAAUAUUUUGU